GACGUCCUUAGUUCCCGAAAUUGUUUCAAAAUGGCGGAUGGCGUACAGUCUCGAGUGGCAGGAGGUGGCUUUUGGAGCCAGCCACAAGUUCAAUACAGCAAACAAACUCACGAUUUGCUGAAAGGUAUGAUGAAAGAAUCAAAACUUACAAAUUUUCAACAAAGGCAUCUAGAGAAAACAUUGAGAGGUGGUGGGUCGCUUCCAGCUAAUUGUCCUCCCACACACAGUGCCCAGAGGAAAAAAGCACCAGUUUCUGCUCCUGCUCCCAGUAAAGUGCUCAAUCCAAGAAAUUACAAAACUACUAUAAGAACAAAAGAACAAAUGGAAAAUAUGGGAGCUUUUGAAAAACCAGACUACAGACCAGCAUACAAUAAAUAUGUAUCUAAAGCAAAGGAGAAGAUCAGACUAGCCAAUAUUAUGGAAUUUGGUACAGAUAUCCCACCUGUUAAUAAAAAGAAACAGGUUAUAGUCAGAGAACCAGAACCAGAGGUGGACAGAUUUGAGGAAUUACAAAGUGAGAUUGAAGAGAGAAGGUCUUUCCUCAGAGAAAUGGAAGGUUUGGGCAAAGGUGCUCAGUUCAGGCCAAUCAUAGCAACUGAAAUAUCACAGCUUAUUCGAGAAAUGGAGGUGAUAGACAAUAAGAAAUCAGCAGAACUGGAGAGACUGAUAGAGGCAGAGAACAGACGAGCAUCAAAGGAGACAUCCUGAUUAAGUGAUGACCCUGAGAUAAAUAUCUACUCUCAUCUACUGCACAAGGACAAUAGUCACAUUUGGGAAGGUUAUAAACAUUCUACAUUUGUGACUCAGAGAUUCUGCAGAGCUUCAGAUCAUAUAU